AUUUCCCUAAAUUUGGACCCAUCGUUUUUUUGGGAAUGCUUUGAUAGAGCUACAGCGGUUGGUUUGGUUAAUUUCAAUUGGCUAACAGUAGGGUUGGCUUAGUGUGGCUCUUAUGGCAGUUGUCACUAAAGAGAAGCCUGGCAUCAGCAAAACGUUUGGGGAAUUACUUGCAUUCCUUUAAUUCCAUAUCAGCAUGGUAAACAUGUAUAGAUCGAAGGACAAGCUUGAGCCUCAUCUUUUAGUUCCCAUUGUUCUUAUGAUGUGCGGAUGGUUCUUCUUAUGUUGUUGGGUGCUAUAUAUAUAUAUUCUACAUAGCAGAUCAUUGAUAUUGGGACAUAUGUUAGGGGCUGUAAAUCUUUCAUGGACUCUGAAAUUAUAAAUUUAUUCCACAAAUGUACGAUUAGGUUGUACCAGUUAUUAUUGUCAAAAAAAGGUUGUAAUAGUUCUUCAGUCAUAAGGUAUAAUUAUUUUCAUCCAUUUUUUGGAGUUGUGACAACAAAUACAGCUCAAAGUGCUAUAAAUUUUCAAUCAUGUUUGGGUCUUUGUUUGUCAUUUUAUUCUUACUGGCCAAUCUGAUGUUAAUAUUGCAAAAUCUGAGCAAAACUUAAUAAUUGGAUGUAACUGUACAAGCCUGUUAAAGACAUAGGUACAUCAAGUUCUAAAUAUAUGGCUAUGAGAAGGCUCUAAUGAGAAGUCAAAUGUGCCCGCUGUUUUGGCGGAUAAUGAAAUGAGAAUCUUCAGUACUAUUUCUUACCAAUUUGCUACCGAGUCUUGUUUUGGCUAUCUACCUAGCCUCUAGCAGGUUUUUGAGUUAGAAUCAGUUAUUCUUGGAGUCUUUCUGAUUGUGCUAACCGAAGAUGCUAUAUGCUAGUUGACUUGAAAUCUCUGUAUGUUGGACAUGCUUUUGCCAUUUUCUAUUAACCUUUGACCUUCAGUUAUUUAUGUAUAUUCUCUGACUUGUAGCUCAUUCUCUAAUUUGUUUUUAGUUUGACUUAGUUCUUGUGCUUAUUGAUGUAUAUGAAUUCUUUAAAGAGUGAUACAUGUUCUUCUGUUAUUAGUGUUCUUGUUUGGGGAUUUAGGUAGUGCUGAAAUUGUAUAUGGGCUUUAGGAUGGCAAAGAUCAUUCUAACUUUUGAUAAUGUGUUUCCCACAGAUUUUUAACUAACUCCAAGAUAAAAAGAAACUGAUUACCUGUUUAUUUUGGUUUUAUUCAUGAUAAUAGCAUACCUGUGGAGAUAAAAAUAAUCUAACUGCAACACAUCCAAAUUUUUAUUGUCAUUCAUAAAAUAUCAGGAGGUCGUUUUCCCCAGUCGAGCUUAAAUAGGUGUAGAAUGUUUUAUGCAGUGACUUUAAGGUAUAUUCAUUGAUAAUAUCUGUAUUUCCAAGGGAUCCAGACAGAUUUCCAUGUUUGCUUCUGCAGCAGAACCUACUGGAAUGUUUGGAACUGAUGAUAGUAUACCUUUUUUCCCCACCUCAGUUUCCUUCUAGCUAUAUUACUAAUUUUCUAUACUAGUUAACUUUCCUGUUGCAUUGCUGGAUAAAAUAUUUCUUGUAGCAGUAAAUCUGCAGCAAAGGUCUUUGUUUAGGAUGUAGUUUCACAUGUUCGAUGUACUUUUCUUCACCAUGCCUUAUUAUUUCGAUGUAUAGAGCUUGUUAAGUUAGUAUUUAGUAAUAAAACCAUAAAUUGCCAUGCAUAAAAAAAUUUAGAUCCUGUUGUCUUACUAGUUGAUUAGAAGAUCGUUGACAAUGAAAACACCAAACUGUUAAGUGAAUAGUUUUCAAAUAUAUUGUAUGGAGAUUUGUGCUCCUGGGCAUUCUAUCAUAUUGAAAUUUGUGUUAAAGUCAACCAAUAAUGUUCCACUCUUGAAUCAAACUUGCCAUUACUUUUUUUUCCAAUUGAAAGUGUUAUGUCAUUUUCAAAAACUGAAAAUGACACAAUGGAAAAUAUAACAUGGUAAACAUUGAGCAAAGAAUCGAUAUUUGGUGACAACAGAGCUGGCACCCCCAUUUGCUAAAAUUGCAUGAUAAAGUGUUAAAAAAUACCCAUUUAUGUAAAUAUGCUAAUAUUUUGAAUCAAAUUCGCCCUAAAUAUGUAGAACCAAAAAGGAAAUAGUAAUAUUAGUGCACAUGAACAAUAUUCGAGCACAGCCUCCACAGAUCAGUAGAUUUAUGUUGCAUUUUUAAUCUUAAUAAUACAAAAGCAAGGUUAUUUGUCCAUACAUAUUUAGUUUAUGAGCUAAGGAGGAUAUCUUGUUUGUCCCUUCAGAAUUUAAGCGGGUUCAAGGGAAAUAAUGUUGCGUAAAUGGCUUCUCCUCAUGCAAUUGGAGUAUUGGAACUUCUAGAAGUCAGAAACAUAUACAAAGUGCCUUUGCAUUUUGUGGCCUAUCUUUCGACAGGGUUAUGUGGUAUUACAAGUAUGAAACAGCGACGAGGUUGCAGGCAGAUGCUGUUGGAACUACGGGUGGAUGGAGAGCUGUACAUUUUGACAAGCAUGCGGAUAUGCGGAGAGCCGGAGGCACUGUCCAAUCCUUUUUUUUUAUCUUUUAAGAAUGUUUUGAUUCCCUCCACCAUAGUCGUGCAAGCCUCUCUCUGCAGCUCUCCAGUUUAUUUAUUAGAUUAUUAUUUCAUUCCAACAACAUUCUCUACAAUCUCAUAAUGCCCGAUCCCAUAUUAAUUGCUAAGAUAAGCCCAUGUUUGUUCUGUUUGUCUUAUUGAUGCAUCAACGCUGAGGGAGAGUUCCCUGCGAUCAUUGGGACCGGCCUUCAGACACUUGCCACUUGAACUCUGAUUGGCUUGACUUGUGAAGAUGUGAUCUUGGAUAAUUCACUAUCUUGUCUACCAACUAGCAGUUGAAGUUUUCUAAGUAAUCUCAUUAUUUGGGCAUCCCCAGGCCAUACCUAGAAUGGUCGCUGUCAGCACAGUUCAUACCCAAGCCGCGGGCGUCCAUUUCUCUAAGCAUUUCUUAACUGUGCUCUCCUUGAGCAUUCUGAUCAGUAUAAAUAUGCCUGCUGUUGUAACCCACAUUAUUCCUUCAUCAAGCAAAUGUGUCUCAAAUAGCCGGUCCUCAAAUCACCUUCCUCUCACACCCUAACCUUAAACCAUAAUGGAGACUGGAGGAGUGAUCGCUGAGGCAGGCUGGGGCUCGCUUGACAUUUCGUCUCAAGCCGAGGAGUCGGAGAUGAUGGAGCAGCUGCUUGGCACCUUCCCUGGAGAGGAAAAUCAACAGGAGCUGCCUUGGUCUGUCCCCUCCUCAAAUGCUGCAUACAACUAUGUCCAUUGUUAUGGCAGCUCUAAUGCGUAUAGCUCCACUAGUAGCAACAGUGUUGGUAGUCUCAUCCUCGAUUUGCCGUCUGAGUAUGGUAGCUUCUAUGUGAGCGACUCAAAUGGGAUCGGCUCUGCGUUGGACUUGAACACAGUCCAGGAGCAAGGUGCAGCUCAGUUCAUGGAUACCAUCCUGAACCCUUCCUACGGGAAUGGCGAUUCAAGCUGUGAAGAUCUUGGGGACUCAAGCAUGAACCUGCUUGACAGCAUUGGCACUUCUAACAAGAGGAACUGCCAGGAGCAAGGCAAAAUAGCUGACCAAACAAGAGGCCGGAAAUGCUCGAGGAAGGCUGAACCAAAGCGCGCAAAGAAGGUCACGCAUCAUGAAGGCGAGGAUGGCACCAUUGCUGCCACGAAGGGGCAAAGCAUGAGUUGCUGCACUUCUGAAAAUGACUCAAAUGGUUCUCAGGAAUCUCCUGUCGCUGCUAAUCCAAGUGGCAAGGGCCGUCAGUCGACAACUGAUCCCCAGAGCCUUUAUGCAAGGAAACGAAGAGAAAGGAUCAACGAGAGGCUCAAGGUACUGCAGAACCUUGUUCCGAAUGGAACCAAAGUAGAUAUCAGCACUAUGCUUGAAGAGGCAGUGCAGUAUGUGAAGUUCUUGCAGCUCCAAAUUAAGCUCCUCAGCUCUGAUGAUAUGUGGAUGUACGCGCCAAUUGCGUACAAUGGAAUGAACAUUGGCGUCGAUUUGAACCUCUCUCAUAAUUGACAAGACACCUCAACAGUCUCAAGUUUCUGAAAAGAAAAACAGCUGUUCUACUUACACUAUGAUGUCGGUUAAUUAUCUCAAAAGGGUAUAUUACUAACAUGCAACUGGUUUCUGAUCAAUAAGCUAUCCCAGGCCGUGUAAUUCUCAGGCGUAGAGGCUGAAUACUAUGUUCUCCAGUAGCUUUUUGUUUACUGAAGGAGUGGCAUGUAUGGCUGAAAGGAUACGCAAAAUACAUAGAUACUGAAUACUGGAAGAGGCUCUGCAACUUGUAAAGACAAGGAAUGGGCAAACUGUUAUUUUUCUCCUUCAGAUGCAACUUUGCAUAAAAAGGCUGUCUCGUUCCUUUCUUUUUUUAAUUCCUUUUUUGGGUCAAGUUUGCUCUAGUAGCGAAUUUGCGUCUUCACUGAAAUACAGUAAAUAAAUAAAUUGUUGUGUGGUUAGCUGGAACACGGCAGUUGGCAUGUACUGGAUCUGCGAUGAUUGUGUGAUAUUCAUAUCAUUUUUCUGCUAUUA